CUGUAGUGGAGAGCAGCGUGCGAUGCAGACCGUCGCAGUGUCUCCCUGUUAAGCGCUGCUGACAAUGGUCCUGUUACUGGCUUUAGUUGUUAUUCUCUCGGGAGAACCAGCUCUGUGUCUGCAGGAAGAAGGAGCUUUCACUUUGGAUGGAGACAUCCGCCAGUUCGCCGUGACCACCGACACGGUUUACAUCGCCACAGAGGAGACGCUGUACCAGCUGAGCCACAGCCUGACACUGGUCCAGAGUCUGAGCCUGAGGGGGGUUUUAAAGGAGGGGAAAAGCGUGGAGGAAGCGCAGUUUCACCGCGUUUCUGAGACGACGGAGCGGAACGCAACGUUUCAUGUCCACGUAUUGUUGCCAUUUGUUGCGAACAAGUCUCUGGUCAGCUGCGGUGCGACUGGCAAUGGAUGUGGAUAUUGUGAAGUUCUGGACUUAAACAACAUAAAGAGAGUUAUCCAUAGCGAGAGGAUCCAGGUGGGACCAUUGAGGCGAAGCAGCGGGUCCGUCGCAUUUUUGAUGAAUAUAGAGAACGGAGGGACUUACAUUCUGACCGCGUUACGGAAAAACGAAAGACAAUCCAAUAAGUGUAACACCGGCUACAACACUGUAAACAUUUAUGAUACAAGUGAUGACCAACGUGGAGGUAUAUUUUCUGUUGCCGACACCCAAGCCACACCUUUGAUCGACAGUGAUGUGGAGUUCGUGGACGGAUUUCAGAUCAAUUCAACAGUAUAUCUGCUCUCCAACGUACAGUCAGGUCUUAGAAAUAACAAAGUCCGACUCGUUUGGCUGACAACAAAUUCCAGUAAGACUCAUACUCUGAAGUCUCUGCGCGGUGCGACUCUCGUCGUUGCUGAUGGAGCAGAAAGCAGCAGACUUGUGGCCUCCUCUGUGAUCCCGGGUGAACCGCCGGUGCUGUGGAGCGGAGUGUUCAGUGUGGACGGAGGACAAACCAACACGGAGCUGGUGGUGUUCGACAUCAGCCCCGAUCUCACAGGAGCGGUCGAUCCAGAUCCAGAUUUCUGCUAUGGAACCUGUACUGGGUCAAAGCCGACGGAUCCUCAGCCAAAGAGGCUGGAGCCAAAGGCAGUUCUCCUCAGACAGAACUACAUGACCUCUGUGUUGGCGGUGAGGCAGAGGGCCUGGAUGGUUUUCUUCAUGGGGACAUCAGAUGGACAGCUCAUUAAGCUUGUUGUGGACAAGAACUACCACCCUGCAUGUUUCACAGUGCUCUACAAAGCCAACGACAACCACCCAGUGUUUCCCAAAAUCCAUCUGGAUCAAGUGGAUCAUAAACAUGUGUAUGUGGCUUUAAGACAUCAGGUAAAGCGUGUACCUGUAUCAAACUGCAGCACAUUCACAAACCUACAGGAGUGUUUGUCUGCUCAGGAUCCAAACUGUGUGUGGUGUUCGUCUAAACGCAGCUGUGAAUUUGAAGAUGACUGCAAAGACUCAGAAUGGUUGUCUAUUCCUGAAGAUUUCCAUAACGAUCCAGUUUCCUACAAACUUGAAAGGAGCCACGUUGGCCAGCUCAAGCUGAUCGUUCAGACACACCUGACUACGAGCCAAAAGGAUCCGUCUGGCUUUGCCUGUCAGUUUGUGGGAGCAUUUGGAGAGAUGUGUGAUAGGAACAACCCUCCUCCACAGUUCCCACAAUGCACCUGCAUCCUAAAAAGUGGGACACUUCCUGAUGAAGGCCUCAAUCUCACAAUUCGGUUUAGACUUGGAACCGUGAAUUUCACAGAACAACUGAAACUAAACAACUGCUCUAACAUCAGAGGAUCACCAAGUUCUUUCUUGUGUGAGCAUUGUGUGAAGUCUGGAUGUGGUUGGAGUAAAACUGGCUGUUCCUGGGCAAAUCACGGAGAGGGAAACGCCAGUGUUUGCCAAACCAUAAAGUCAAAGAUGAGCUUUUCUCCCCCAGAGAUCUCCUCCAUCUCUCCCAGAGUCGUGUCUUUCUACGGCAGGAACCAUGCAGUGUUGUCAGGUUACAACCUCAGUGAUGUGACAAGAGUGAGGUUUCAGAGAGACACGGCCUGUGCUGCACAAGAGUCUCCCGUCUGGAACAACACUGGUGUGAAUCUGACGUUCCACAUUCCCAGUACAAAUUAUAAAGGUGUGGUCCGAGUGUGUGUCAUUCUACCAGAUGGCAGUUGCCAUGGCAAUGGCACAAUCUCCUACCAGUCAUCACCCACGUGCAUCGGUACUGAACCGAACAGCACCUGGUUCAGUGGAAAGAGAACUAUCACAAUCCAUGGAUCCAACCUGGAAUUUGUGGAAGGGGUCAUUCACAGCCACAACCCACAAGAAGUCACACUACCCAGAAGCAGCAAUUCUGUGAAUUUAACAUAUGAAACACCUGCAGCAAAAAGCACCCAGAAGUCCUUUUUCAGCUCUGUGUCUCUGAAAGUAGCCAAUGAGACCUUGUCUUGUUACACAAACUUCAAACACCACCCAGACCCUGAGUUCAUCACCUUUAAAUCUCUCACAACAGUGGGCUACGUGCUCAUCACCUUAGAGAAAAAGAAGGAUGAGCUGGAGAUGACGACAGCAGAGUUGUCAGUGUGGGGCGUUCACGGUGGAAAACAGCACCCCUGCAUCAUGACUGGCAAAGAAACCAGCAACAAGACAGAGUUUUUCCACUGUCACAUUAAGAACACCCCUAAUGUCAAAUUUCAGCAGUUGAUGAUAAUGUAUGGAGGCAAGAUGAUCACACUUGAUACAACUUCCUCUCCACUGUUCUUUCUAAUGCUGCUGGUAUUUCUUUUGAUACCCUUGAUUAUUGUUGUGGUGGUGAUUGUCUACCGUAGCAAACAAAAGAAGUUCACUGCCAGGAUGAACAAGAUGAUGGAAGACCUCGAGCUUGACAUCCGGAAUGACAUCAGACAGGGUUUUGUGGAUCUGCAGACAGAGAAAGCUGACCUGAUGGAAAAUGUUGGAGCAAUUCCUUUUCUUGACUAUAAGCACUUUGCCUGCAGAAUCUUCUUUCCUGAGAGUGACCUUUUGAUGGCGUCAUGUAUCAAAGACAUGGGUCAGGAUGCAGUGACAGUUCAACUAGAGGCGUGUUGCCAGGACCUGUCCAGGCUGAUCCAGGACCAGCUCUUCCUCACAUCCAUGGUGCAUGCUCUAGAAGAGCAGAAGAGCUUCACUAUCAAAGACAAGUGUGCAUUAGCAUCUCUACUGACUGUAGCACUGCACAGCAACUUGUCAUACCUGACAGAAGUGAUGGAGGUCCUCCUGCAGGAUCUAAUGCAGCAAAACAGCAGCGGCCAGCCAAAACUGCUGCUGCGGCGCACAGAGUCAACGGUGGAGAAGCUGUUGACCAACUGGAUGUCUAUAUGCCUCUAUGGCUUCCUCCGGGAAAGCGUUGGCCAACACCUGUUUCUCAUGGUCAGCGCUCUCACGCAGCAGAUCGCCAAGGGGCCUGUGGACAGUGUGACAGAGAAAGCCCUCUACACGCUCAAUGAGGACUGGCUGCUGUGGCAAGCUCCGAAUUUCACUUCACUGAAGCUGAAGGUGCUGUUUGCAGUGGGCAGUGAUGGAGAGGUCAGCGAGCCUCUGGAGGUCCAAAGCCUCAGCUGUGACACUGUAGAGCAGGUCAAAGAGAAAGUCCUUUCCACCUUCAGAGCCAAGUUUGGUUUCCCCUACAACACCGCCCUCAGAGACAUUCGUAUCGAGUACGAGAAGGAUGGAUCUUUUCUUCCUUUAGAGGAAGUGGAUGCGAGCUCUAAGGUUAUCGAAGAGGUGACAAUGCUCAACACCCUCAAGCAUUACAAGGUUCCUGAUGGGGCAACAAUCAAAGUGCUUUCCAAGAGCACUCACCCUCCUCUGAGCCCACAGGGAAGUUUGAAGGAUGAUGAGAACUUCUCUGGAAAAUAUUUCCACUUGAUUGAUCCUGAUGUUGUUGAGGACCAAGGAAAGAACCCAGAGAGGAAGAAGUUGAAACUGAAAGAAGUGCACCUCACCAAGCUGCUCUCCACAAAGGUGGCUGUGCAUUCAUUUGUGGAGAACCUGUUCAAGUCCAUCUGGGGGAUGCAGCUCAACAAAGCCCCGCUCGCUGUCAAAUACUUCUUUGACUUCUUGGACAGUCAGGCAGACAACAUGAAGAUCACUGACUCAGACGUCCUGCACAUCUGGAAGACCAACAGUUUGCCUCUGCGCUUCUGGGUCAACAUCCUGAAAAACCCCCAGUUUGUCUUUGACAUGGAGAAAACCCCGCAUCUGGACGGCUGCCUGUCUGUCAUCGCCCAGGCCUUCAUGGACUCCUUCUCCCUCAGCGAGCUCCAACUUGGGAAGCAUGCGCCCACCAACAAGCUCCUCUAUGCCAAAGACAUCCCCACGUUCAAGCAGGAAGUGAAGGUUUACUACAAACGAAUCAAAGAGCAGUCGCCAGUCACAGACUCUGAGUUCACAUGCUUUCUACAGGAGGAGUCAAAGAAACACGAAAACGAAUUCAACGAGGCCGGCGCCCUCAAAGAGCUCUUCAAGUAUAUUCAGAAAUACUUUAAAGAGAUAAAAGACAAGCUGGAGCAAAAUGGAGCUCCCACUGAGCUCACAGAGCAACUACACCAUGUUAAAAACUUGUUUGAUGGACUGAAGAGCUGCUCCUGGAACUGAGCUGAUUAAAGUCAGCCAUGCUAUGAAUGACCAAACCCAGACUGGAGGUCAAAAUCUACACACAUCAGUAUGAGCAUUAGGCUCGAGAUGCACGUGACACAGAUUCUGUUAAAAGCUCGGGGUUACAGUGGUUUUAGUGGUGUUUAUAGAUGCAGAAGUGGGUGAGUCAUAGAUCAGAGCCCAUCGAUAUCUGCUGGCAGAUCUUGAACCGAUGGAUUUUUAAUGGUGGAAAAAAACAAACCACACCAGUGAUGACACAAUAUCAAAACCAAAAACAGCUUCAACUGUCAUUUAUUGCAAUGGAUUUCAAAUAAAACCUAAUGGACAGCAAUAAUGUUUUUUUAUAAACAGGAUGCCACUUCACUCUGUAGUUUCCAGCAAAAAGUGGUGUAAGGGUCAGAGGUCAGGCUGGGAAACUGUGUCCCUGUCUUUCUGCACCAGAGAUCCCAGUUCCUCCAGCUGCUGUUGCUGGGCGCUUUCCGGAUCCUCCAGCCUCAGACGCAGCAGAGACACCUCCCUCUGAUGCUGCUCCUCCUGCAGCACGAGACAGGAAACAUUAGCCAGCCUUACUGGCACCCUGUGUAUUGAGGCAUCCACACACUCUCACACACAAGCCUUUUUGUGUAAUAUGGUGUUGCUGCAAAAUCAAUAUGCAUUUCACAUACACACCCUUGGGUCAUUUGUUGGUUUUGUUAUAUAGGUGCCACUUUCAAUCAAACUGUGUCAUGUUAUUGUUUCUUGCGCUUUUUGUUUUCAUGUCGUCCUCUGUCUGAUGACUGCUUUUAUUUGAUACAGAUGAGCUGUAACAUUCAGACGUUGGAUUUUGUGUGUUAGACCAAGUGUUGAUUUCAUUUCCGUAAAAUUCAAGUGUUACAUACCACGAUCCACUUCCUGAUUUUUUACACUGGAUCUUUAGCUAUUUUUUCUUAAGCUAUUUUUUAUUAUCUGUUCAUCUGUUUAGAUCAAAUGACCCAGCUGCAUUACAGAAAAUUUAAAACUACAUGGUCUUCACAUAUACUUUGUGGAAUGCUAGAUAAAAACCCCUCAGAUCCAAGCCGCAGGAAGGGGGUUGGUUUGGAGGCUAGGAGGGCGGGACUGACAGUGAAGGUACCAUGGCCACCCAAUGGGAGGCGGCAGAACUCAUUGUGCCGUUGCUGCAGCUCCUGCAGCCGUCUGUUGAGUUGAGCUUGUUAUUCUGAGAAGGAUAAACGUCUAGAGCAGAACAGGUGGAAACGACACUGUCAUUAAACGCCUGGCUUGUCCUGCUGGUACACAAUUUUGUCUGUGUGUAAUAUGUUUUGUCAAAUGUUUUGGUGAGAUUAAAUUAAAUGCCUCUUA